GCCAGAUUCAGAACCCGCGCUCUGGUAUUAGGAUCGCUAGGACUGGUCGCCGGUGCCCGGAUUGGGGCUAUUUACCAGACAGUAUGGACCAGAAAAUACUGUCUUUAUCCGCUGAGAAGAAAACUGAUGGACUUCAGCGUUACCUCCAGAGCCUGAAAAAUGCAGAGCUGGUAAACGUCAUCACUAAACAUGCAGUGAAUGGCAAAGAACUUGGCGCGCUAUUACGUGGUAUUUUUAAAGGGUCUCCAUGUUGUGAAGACACAGGGGUGUGCAGGAGGAUUGCCAUCUAUAAGCACUGUAUAGAACUCGUGGAGUCGGGAGAUUUGCAGAAAGAAGUGGCAGCAGAGAUGGUGGGCCUAUUAAUGCUUGAGGUUCAUCAGCUGCCAGCACCAUCUCUUCUUGAACUGGCCAAUAUAUUUCUUGAUUCAGUGAAAGCUGGAAAGAUGUCCAGUGGAAAAUCUUUGGAAUUGUUUCCAAAUGUGCUCAAAGCUCUGUCAUCAAAGGAGACCUUGGUCUAUGGCAAUGGUGAGAUAACAGGAGAAGAAUGCAAGAAGCAGAUUAUAAACAGCCUUUGCUCCAGCAGGUGGGAUCCAAAAUGUGUAAUUUUCCUUACAUCAAUGUUUAGAGACGUGUUACUAAGUACAGAAGAACUUCAGUUUGUUGUGGAGAAAGUUUUGAGACUGCUGUCUAAGGUAGACCUUCAGGAGAUGCCCCCGCUGGUUUACCAGUUGCUGCUGAUUUCUGCAAAGGGUAGUAAAAAGAACAUUCUAGAAGGAGUUAUCAAUGUUUUUAAUGAUUUGGACCACCAGUUGAUGACUGAGGAAAGUAACGAAGACUCUUUAGAUCUGAUUGAUUCAACACUACCAAAAGAACAACUUCGCCAAGUUGAGGGUACCAUUAUUUUACACAUCGUCUUUGCAAUUAAAUUUGAUCAGGAUCUCGGUCGAGAGCUGGUGAAGGCUGGGCAGCAAGGAGACUCAAGCAAAUUCUUAUGUCCUUUCAGUGUUGCACUCUUGUUGUCUGUGUCCAGAAUACAAAGAUUUGAGAAACAGGUAUUUGAUUUCCUGAAAAGUACCAUUUUGAAAGGUUUUAAAGACUUUCAGUUUCAGCAAGGCUCAAAAUUUCUACGUGAUUUAGUGCCAGAGCCGCCCUGUGUCUCAACGAUGCUCCUUGAAAUUGUGAAAAACAGUGUAUUCGGCUGGGACCAUGUCACCCAAGGGCUUGUGGAGCUUGGCUUUCUCUUAAUGGAUUCAUAUGGGCCUAAAAUCGCUCCAGGUGCCAAGGUGUCAGAGGCAACUGUAGGAUCACCAAGUCAACAGGCCAGUCAGCUUGGGUCGAAAAUUGUACUAGAAACCUUCAAGGUUCAUGAGCCAAUAAGAAGUGUGAUUUUGGAGCAGGUCUUAAAUCGUGUUAUUACUAAGGCAACGUCUCCCACAAGUCAUUUCAUAGAUCUUCUCUCGGACAUUGUACAUGCAACACCUCUUAUAAUGCAGAAUUCAUCCUCUAAACUGACUGCAACAUUUGAACAUCUCUUUCACUUGUCAUUUUCCACAGUUCAGGGUCUACUUAAAGCUUUACAGCCAAUUUUAAAAAUAAAUGUAUCUGUAAGGGACAAUGUCAUCCUUGUUCUGAGGAAGGCGAUGUUUGCGAGUCAAUUAGAUGCCCGGAAGUCCGCAGUUGCUGGUUUCCUGCUCUUGCUUAAGAACUUUAAAGUCCUGGGGAGCUUGUCCUCUUCUCAGUGUAGCCAAGCCAUUGGCGUGAGCCAGGUGCUGGUGGAUGUCCAUACUCGAUACAAUUCAGCUGCAAAUGAAGCUUUUUGCUUGGAAAUACUAGGAUGUCUGAGAAGAUGCUUGAGUCAGCAGGAAGACAUUCGACGUAUUCUUUAUGAGGGGUUUUAUGAUGUUAUUCGACGGAACUCACAACUAGCCAGACCUAUCAUACACACACUUGUGGCUCAGUUAAAGAAGUACUAUGAACCAGAGCCUGACUUGUUGCCACCUUUGAAGCUGGAGAAGUGUAUCACUGCCCAGAAGGAACAGAUAAUACUGCAGGAGCCAUUGGCACACUUGCUGAGCAGUAUUCACUGUUGCCUUAACUGGUAUAAACAAAGGAGCAGUUUACUGCAGGAAGGAGAAGCAGAUGAUGAUGAGGAAAAUAUGGCGUGUCAGCAAGAAAUUGAUGAGAUACUGGGAUCCAUAACCAGGAGAAUGACCAAAUGCGAUCUGGAGGAGUUCGAACUGGACAAGUCAGCCGACUUCUCUUUGUCAUCUGGAGUUGGGAUGAAAAAUUAUAACUACGCCGUUCUGGUUAUGGGAGUUUGUGAGGUGCUAAUAGAGUACAACUUUUCCACCGCAGACUUCAGUAAAAGUAAGUUUGAAGAAAUAUUGGGAAUAUUUAAGUGCUACAGCAAACUGGUUGACAUCUUAAAGGAGAAAUCUGCAAAAGGAAGAUCAGCAGGCAGCAGUAAAGCAUACAGGAGCUUGCUGUCUAUGGGAUUUGUUUCCACACUUUUAACAGCGUUGUUCAGAGAUAGCAUGAAGAACCACGAGGAAAGUCUUAGCGUGCUUCGAUCUAGCUUAGAUUUCAUGAGAUACAUUGUUAGCAUUGCACUGCAGAAAAUUCAGCAACUGAAGGAGACUGGGUUCACAGAUGGAGCUGAUGGUCAGAAUAAUGAGAAGAUGUUCCACAGCAUCUGUGAGAUAACCAGGGUGUUAAUGUGGAGAUAUACUUCAAUACCAUGUGCAGCUGAGGAUUCUGGGAAAAAGGACAAAGGAAAGAACAUCUCUUUGCUAUGUUUGGAGUGCUUGGUGCAAAUAUUUUACACUGUCCAGCUACAUUAUCAGACAAAGAUCUCACAGUUUCUUACUGCACUGGAUGAUGAAGAUGAGGGGGAUGCUGGUGCAGUAAACGUCUUGGAAAAAACAUCUUUGCUGAUUACACAGUUUCAGAGAUCCCUUACAAACCAACUGAGCUCUGGAGAAGAUGACUUUAACAGCAAGGAAGCUGUGAUGCUAGUCAGUAUCCUGUCUACAUUAUAUAGGUUCUUGGACACCUCUUCUCAGCAGUUUGUACAGAUUCUGUCAUGGACGGUGAAGAUCUGUAAAGACACCGAGCUAGAGGAUGUCCAGUUCUGUAAAGGAAUCUUGACACUUCUCUUCAGUAUGCAUUCCUUAUACAAGAGCCCAGUAAGUCUGCUUCGUGAGCUCUCUCAGGACAUCCACGGACACCUUGGAGAUAUUGAUCAGGACAUUGAAGUUGAAAAACAAUCACAUUUCCGGAUCGUAAAUGUAAAGACAGCAGCACCUACUGUCACUCUUUUGGUCUUGGGUCAAGCUGCAAAGGUGCUGGAUGAAGUGGACUGGCUGAUUACAAAACUUAAAACACAGCUUGGUUCAGAGAAGAUGCCUGCUGAUGGCACCCAGGCUACAAAUCCAAGAGAACCAGUGGAGAAGGCAAUCAUCCUUCAGCUCGGGACCUUAUUAACUGCAUGUCAUGAGCUGGUCCAGACGGCACUGCCAGCAGGAAGUUGUAUGGACACUUUGCUGAAAGAACUUACAAAAAUGUACACAGUCCUAACAGCCCUUGUCAAAUAUUAUUUCCAGGUUUUCACUAGUCAUGCAGGAAAGAUUCCAGCCCGUUUGGAGAAGUUGGUUAAGCUGUCUGGCUCGCACCUCACACCACAGUGUUAUGCAUUCAUUACAUAUGCACAGAGUAUACAAAAUGAAAGUAUUUCAGGAGAAAAGAAGAAAAAGGAGGAUGGGGCUGUAAUUUCUACGGCCAAAGUCCUCAGAGACACCAAGCCAAUUCCAAAUUUGAUUUUUGCUAUUGAAAAAUAUGAGGAAUUUCUUAUAAAAUUAUCUAAAAAGUCAAAGGUUAAUCUGAUGCAGUACAUGAAGCUUAGUACCUCCAGAGACUUCAGGAUCAAUGCAGCCAGCCUGGAUGUGGCUCUGCAAGAAAAAGGGUCGGAUGAAGAGAAUGAGGUGAACAAUGAGCAGUCUGUGUCUGAACAAAGUGAAAGUCAAGAACCAAAGAGGAAAAGAAGGAGGAAGUAACUGCCCGACCAGGCACUUCAUGCAACUUUAUUUACAGUUUUUUUUUUUGUUAAACUGACAUUAAAUUGGUG